CGGUCGCGCGCUUUGCUUCUGUACACACCUCUUCAUCCCUCCCUACGAGCGUCACGUCCACUCCCAGACAAGACACCCCCGAUCAGUCAACAUGGGCAAUCAAGCUCUUCAAAUCAACAACGCCCGGGUCAAUGGCGGUUCUGCUCAAAUCGGCAUUACCGUUCGUGGUAGCGAUUGGUACUGGACAGUGUGCGCAGUCAUGACCGUCGCUACCUUCGCCUUCAUCGCUCUUUCUGCCACAAAGCCACGACAGGACCGCAUCUUCCACUACAUCACCGCCGGUGUGACCAUGGUCGCAGCCAUCGCCUACUUCACCAUGGGCUCCCAUUUGGGUUUCACUCCCAUCGAUGUCGAGUUCGCGCGCAGCGGCCCGAAAGUCGCCGGUGUCAACCGUGAAAUCUACUACGUUCGAUACAUCGACUGGUUCAUCACCACGCCACUCCUCCUCAUGGACCUGAUGCUCACGGCCGCCAUGCCAUGGCCAACAACCGCCUGGGUCAUCCUCGUCGACGAAGUCAUGAUCAUCACCGGCCUCGUCGGUGCUCUCGUCUCCUCUAGCUACAAAUGGGGCUACUUCGUCUUCGGCUGCGUAGCACUCAUCUGGAUCGUCUACGUCCUCGUCUGGGAAGCUCGCAAGCACGCCUACGGCGUCUCCUCCGACGCCGGCAAAGCCUUUAUGUUCUGCGGCUCGCUGACAGCUCUCCUCUGGACCCUCUACCCCAUCGCAUGGGGCGUAUCUGAGGGUGGAAACGUCAUUGCUCCAGACUCUGAGGCUGUCUUCUACGGUAUCCUCGAUAUCCUCGCUAAGCCGGGUUUCGGUGCUCUGCUUUUGUGGGGACAUCGCAAUAUCAGCCCUGCUCAGCUUGGUCUUUCGAUCCGUGAUUAUGACGGUACUGAUCCUGUCAUUCAUGAGAAACGUCAUGGGAACAACGUCACUAAUAGCUCUAAUGGUGUUAAGAAUGGCUCUGGCGCUGUUCCUGCGAACGAGACUGUUUAGAGAAAGAAAGCAAGAGAGUCAGGGCCUUGAUCGCACUCAGUCGUGCGUGGAUGAAGAAAAGAAGGAGAAAGAUGCUCAUCGCUCCGCCCCACAGUGCUUCUUGGAUCCUUUGGCGCUUUGCUUUGCUUUGCUUUAUUUUCAAGAUAUCCCCGGCCUGCGAUGGAUGAUUCAUGAAACGUUGAGGAUGAGAUAGUUUUGGCGUUGCUCCAGCUGCUUUUUAUUAACCUAUCUCUGUAAUCUCUGUAUCACACGACAUCUAAUACCUCUACUGCGU